GCCUUCAGACACAUAACAAAGAAAGGUUUCAGACAAGAAGUUUAGAAAAGUGAAGAUGAAGUUCGGAAAAGAACUGUCGUCACAAAUGGUACCGGAGUGGCAACAAGCUUACAUGAGCUACGACUAUCUCAAAAACCUUCUCAAAGAAAUCAUAAAACUCAAAGAAAGAACCAACCGGCCUCCACCAUCACAUCAUGCCGUCUCCGGUGAAGGACUUAGCCGCAAAAUGACUCUAUACCGAGCUUUUAGUGGUCUUGUCCAAACGCCAGGAAAGAAAAGACAAAGCUCGGGGCAAACCAACCCUUCUCUAAAAACUGACAUUGAAGAAGGUUAUGCUCCGAUACUCGUCAACAAAGGAGGUCAUGGAUUAGAAACUACGUUUUUGAUGACGGCAGAGGAAGGAGGAGAAUAUGAAUUGGUGUUUUUCAGGCGUCUCGACGAUGAGUUUAAUAGAGUUGAGAAAUUCUACAAAGAGAAAGUGGAAGAAGUAGUAAAUGAUGCGAUUAUGCUUAAUAAACAAAUGGAUGCUCUAAUUGCAUUCCGAGUUAAGGUUGAGAAUCCUGUUGGGUGGGGAUGGGAGGAGAGGACGGUGGAGAUGAGUCGCUUAGCCUCCGACGUUGCCGCUUCCACUGCUGCCAUAGCUGCUUCUACACCCGCUAGAACUGGAACCAUGAAGCCUAGAGCUCAAUCUCGCUUAGAGGCCAUACAUGAAGGAGGAUCCAACAGAGCUGACCAAUCCGACGAUGUUGAAGAUCACGGUGACGCGAGAAGAAGCAGCUUGAGCAAAAUGGCAGCUGGAAGGCCAUCCCCAAUCGAGGUUCUAGACCACAUAAAGAUCAACAACACUAAGGAAACACCUCGUUCCACCAUUAAAGGGGUUCUCCAUUCUUCGAACCACGAAGAGAUCAUAUUCAAUAGGCAUAAUCUGAGGGAAGUUGAAGAGAAGCUCAAACUCGCCUUCGUUGAGUUUUACCAGAAGCUUCGUCUCCUCAAGAGCUACAGCUUUCUGAAUGUGUUGGCGUUCUCCAAGAUUUUGAAGAAGUAUGAUAAGAUAACUUCGAGAAAAGCUUCAAAGCCUUACAUAAAAAUGGUUGAUAAUUCGUAUCUUGGAAGCUCAGAUGAGCUUAUGAAACUGAUACAGCGUGUUGAGGCUACAUUCAUAAAGCAUUUUGCAAAUGGUAACAGAAGAAAAGGAAUGAACAUUUUGAGACCUCAAAUGAAAAGAGAAAGACAUCGACUUACAUUCUCCACAGGUUUCUCUGCUGGAUGCGUGUUUUCUCUUAUAGUAGCUCUUGUCUCAAUCAUACGCGCCCGGAAUAUCUUUCAAAAGGACGGCUACGAAGGUUACAUGAAAACUAUGUUCCCUCUUUAUAGCUUGUUUGGGUUCAUUGUGCUUCACAUGACUAUGUAUGCUAUUGAUAUAUACUAUUGGAAGCGUUAUCGAGUAAACUAUGCAUUCAUAUUUGGGUUCAAGCAAGGAACUGAACUUGGUUACAGACAAGUUCUUUUUGUGGGAUUUAGCAUUGGAGCUUUUGCUUUGCUUUGUGUUCUUGGUAAUCUUGACAUGCAAGCAAACCCUAGAACCAAAAGUUUCCAAGCAGUAACCGAACUUCUUCCUCUUUUCCUUCUUGGUGCUAUGUUUGCAGUUUUAAUCUUGCCAUUAAACAUUCUCUACCGCUCAAGCCGCUUCUUCUUCCUGACGUGUCUGUUUCACUGCCUUGCUGCUCCUCUUUACAAGGUAACGUUACCCGAUUUCUUCUUAGGAGAUCAAUUAACUAGUCAAGUACAAGCUCUUCGAAGCAUCCAGUUUUAUAUAUGUUACUAUGGCUGGGGAGACUUCAAACAAAGGCAAGACACAUGCAACGACUGGCAAGAAUACAAAAUUUUCUUAUAUAUUGUUGCUGUAGUUCCAUAUCUAUCUCGCCUCCUUCAGUGCAUGCGACGAAUGUUUGAGGAAAGAAGCCUAGAGCAAGGAUACAACGGAGUCAAAUACUUGUUGACAAUAAUAGCGGUUUGUUUAAGAACAGCUUAUGGUUUUGAAACCAAUAAGAAUCAUCAGUUUAUCCUCAAAAUAUUAGCUGGUUCUGCAUCAGUUCUUGCUGCUGUUUUCUGUACAUACUGGGACUUUGUCCAUGACUGGGGACUUCUGAAUAGAACAUCUAAAAACAGAUGGCUUCGUGAUAAACUUCUUGUCCCACACAAGAGAGUAUACUUCAUUGCAAUGAUCUUGAACGUUAUGUUGAGGUUCGCAUGGUUGCAAACAGUAUUAGAUUUUGAGUUUAAGUUUCUUCAUACUCAGACGGUGCUUGCGGUUGUGGCCUGUCUUGAGAUUAUUCGUCGUGGUAUAUGGAAUUUCUUCAGGCUAGAGAAUGAGCACUUGAAUAAUGUGGGGAAGUACCGAGCUUUCAAGUCAGUUCCACUACCGUUCAGCUACAACGAAGACGAUGAAAAAGACGAUUAACAUGUUUACAGAAGAACGUGAACAUUUUCUUAUACAUAAUACAUGAAACGAAGUGUGUUUGUAACAAAAAUUAUUCAAUACAAAUUGAUGGCAGUAAUUUAUCCCGUA